UGAACGGUAAAAAAAAUGCCUUUAUAUAGCGUGUACAAAGUGUGUACAAUGAGUGGGUACAAGAAGCAUUUUUGUAUAUAUAAAAAGAAAAAAAAUCCUUGGAUCGACACCAGAGUUUUGUUGAUAAUUUGAUAUGAUACUCUUUUUUUUGAAAGAAAAUUUGAUAUGAUUGCACAAAGGUAUGAAUGCAUUACUGCCACCAUAAAGGGCAGUAGUGGGUACAUCUUAGCUUGCUGCUACGCACUCAAGCCCCCGAUCGACCGCCUUUUUUCCUCUCUCUAUUUGGCUUCGCUGCUAUUUCCACACCGCACACCCAAAAAUUAAGUCGCACAUUCCAAUCAACCCCUCCUCAUAGAUGGGAAUGGAGUCCAUCCGACCCAGCCCAGCUCCAAACAGGACCCUUCUGGCCAGGACUUUUCGCAAGCUCAUUCACCUCAAGACUUCUUCUUCUUCUUCUGCUAAGAAUGCGUUUUGCCUUCUCAUUCCCCAAGAAAAGUUCAAGUGCUGUGAGCUGUUGGGCACAGAAGAGAUAGAGGAAUGCAAAGAGAGUUCAAGAAACAAGGCUGUGCUGGAGGCCUUGGUUGCCAAGCUCUUCGCCACCAUUUCUUCUCUCAAGGCAGCCUAUGCUGAGCUGCAGCUGUCUCAGUUCCCCAAUUACAACCAUGAAGCCGUUCAGGCUGCAGAUCAAGCUGUGGUUGGUGAGCUCAAGCUCCUCUCUGACCUCAAGCACGGGUACCUCAACAACCAGGCCGGCUCUUCCCCACCCCAUGUCACCCUCAUGCUUUCCGAGAUUCAAGAGCAGCAGUGCGUGAUGAAGACGUAUGAGAUCACCAUGAAGAAAAUGCAAGGGGAGAUCGAGAGGAAGGGGGCUCUGGUUUCCUCAAUCCGGAAGGACCUCGAAGGGAUUCGUGCCGGCAACAAGUCGCUGGAGAGGAUGCUGAGUGCCAGUGGGAGUUCCUCCAUUCUUGACGCCGUCAAGUUCUCCGAUUCGGUCAAUCCCAAAGAUUUCGUCACGGCGCUCCACUACGCCAUGAGAUCUGUGAGGAAUUUCGUCAAACACUUAAUCCGCGACAUGGAGAGGGCCAGCUGGGACAUUGACGCAGCAGCGGCCGCUGCUAUCCACGGCGGGGUAUCGUUCGGGAGGAAGAGCCACAGGGCUUUCGCCUUCGAAUCUUUCGUUUGCAGAGAGAUGUUCGACGGGUUUGACGUUCCUUGCUUCUCCGCGGGGCAGCGGCAGCAGGGGGAGUUCUUCUUCGAUCAGUUCAAGAAGCUGAAGCAGGAGGUGAACCAUUAUCCCCCCUCUUAUUCUCCUUUGGGGAGGUUCUUGAAGACCAAAUACCUGCUCCUGGUUCAUCCGAAGAUGGAGUUUUCAUUUUCGGGGAACCUGGCUCAACGGAAGAUGGUGAACGCCGGGGAGUUCCCGGACACGGAUUUCUUCAAGGCAUUUGCGGAGAUGGGGAGGAGAAUUUGGCUCUUGCAUUGCCUGGCUUUCUCUUGCGGUGAGGAACAGCAAGUCAGCAUUUUCCAGGUGCGGCGGAGGGCUAGAUUCUCAGAGGUGUACAUGGAGAGCGUGACGGGGGGCGAAAUUUGCUCCGGGGUGGCGGCGUUCACGGUUGUCCCGGGGUUCCAUGUCGGGAGAAGUGUGGUUCAAAGCCAGGUAUACCUCUACCCGCUCCGCACUCCGGGCGCCGCCGCCGGCAACUAAUUUUCUUCAAUUGCUGCUAUGGUAGAUCGACAAGAAAAACGUACAGUAUUUAUUACUUGAGCUAUUACUUUCUAUCUGGUUUAAUUUCUCUUGUAAAAUAGCCGUUGGGUACAGAUAGUUGACGGUCAAACCAUUUUCAUCCGUUAAAACAACUUGAGUUGGCAAUUUAGAUUCAAAAGACCCUCCCUCUCCAUCCCACUCCUGAUUUUGUUUGGUAAACAUGCGGGGUGGGGGUAUGGAUAGGUCCUCACAUAUCAAAGAACAAAGGCUAAUUUGAAUUUUCAUUCCAUUUUAUUAUUCAAAUUUUGUAUUUUCACUCCAAUUUUGUAUGAAAAGAUAAAAAUGUUCCCCCAUUCACAAUUCUCAUGGCCUUCAACAUAUUCCCGAUCGAGGGGUAUUUUUGUUUUUUAAUACAGGGUUAGAGUGGAAAUACAAACUUUUUUAAAAAAGCGGUGCAAAGUCCAAUUUUGGACAAUAAAAUGGGCGCAAACUCAAAUUAAUCCAAAGAAGAAGCUAUCUAGCUAUGAUCACUCCGUACAAUUUCUCGCUAGCUAGAUGCCCUUUUAAGUACUCCAUUCAAACCGCAAUAGAGUUAGUAAGAUUAAAGUUACUUUUUGUUUGGAUUGACUGAAUUAAUUGGUGAUGACUAUCUAACAUUUUUUAUUUUCUCUUUUUCUUUUUCUUUGAACCCAAUGGGGCGUUGAGUGGUUGGGGCUGGGGGAGCUUAGGGUUAAUUUUGUUGAAACUCUCUCUAUAAAGUUUCGAACAUGAGACCCCUCGGAUGGAAGAAUAGUCGGAGACCACUUAGGUUGGACUACUUCCUCUUAUUUAACAUGUUUUCUAUAUUUUAUUAACUAGAUAGAUUUUAAAUACCAUUUUUCGUAAGUAAACACAUUUUGUCAAUUCACUCUCUUCAAUCAAAAUUUCACCAAUUCCACCACAUAAAACUUAUUCAGCCAAUUACUAACAUUACCACACUUUCUGAUAUAAUUUUCAUAUUUUUUGGUAUUCUGAACUCUCAAGUGUCCUCAAGUGUCUAUUGGGUCAAAUUGCCUAACAUGAUCAUGCGUAUAAAACAUAUACGAAGUAUUAGCUCAUGUACUUAUUACAAUUGUUAAUCAUGGAAUCAUUUCUUAAUUCCACUUUGAACAAAUGUUUAAAAGCAAAAAGCGUGACAUGGUGCUCCACUUUUCUCCAUAUGAUCUCUUUUGUAUUGGGUUUCUUUAUUAAGGUUGGCUUUACAUUGCUUCACAUGUAAGGCUGUUGUAUGUGCUUUUGUUUGUUAAAUCAAUUAAGUAGUUUUAGCGUGCUUGCUUGUGAUCCGAUCAAAAUGGUCCCUUCCCG